AUGGAACAUGGCGUCAGAUUCAAACGGAAUUUGAGUCUGUUACCGGAUUCGAGUUAAAUGCAAUUGCAGUCAUGCCCACAGAACCGCCAGCUGCCUCGGUGAGGUCACGUCAAAAAACUCCAACCAAGAAUAAGGAUACAACACCUUCAAAACAAAACCCGCGGACGUCUCAUCAGAAACAUACAGCACAGUCGCCAAAAUCACACAGAACAACAAGCAGCACUGUAACCCAAGUCACCCCCCAGGAUGAGAUAUCGAGAUUGAAAGAGAUCGUUUCUCAUCUCCAAAGUGAACACAAGAGUCAAAGCAUACAACCGCAUGACAUGAGCGCUCCCUCAGACCUGAGAUGGAGAAUCAACAAACUGGAGAAAGACAAGUUGGAAUUAACCACAAAGUACAAUGAGGAGGUGUCCAAGUAUGAAGGCGAAGUGGCUCGGCUCCGGGCCUCUGUGGAGAGAGGCGAGGCCCAGCGGCAGAACCUGGAGUAUGAGAUCGCUGUGGUCAGGAGAGAUGCUACGGCAGAGAGGAAUAUGGCUGAGGAGAAGGUGGCUGCUCUCUACGGGAUGAACGAGCAGCUGAAAGUCCAUGCCGCCGAGCUGCAGCAGCGCAUGUCUGACCUGGAGAAGGCCCUGGACAUCACCAGACACGCCCGCGACGAGGACCAGCAGGCCCUGCAGCUGGAGCUGGAGGAGCGAGACCGGCUGCUGCUGGGCGCCAACGCGGAGAUCGACCUCCUCAACGCAGAGAAGAAGCGCCUGGACUCUCUGCUUCAGGAGCAGGAGGACACUCUGGUGGUGCUGCGCCGGAAGAUGGAGCAGCUGCAGAGGGAGAAGGAGCGGGACGGAGAGAGCCUGAGGAGACAGGCCGGAGAGCUGGAGUACGUCUCCGAGAGAGAGCAGCGCUUCAAGAGAGAACUGGAGAUAGCUCAGCAGAAAGUGAAGACCCUGGAGGAGAGUGUGGAGUCUGAGAGAGCAGCUCACCUGGAGUCCAAAUUCAACUCUGAAAUUAUACAGCUGCGGAUCCGGGACCUGGAAGCAGCCCUGCAGGUGGAGAAGAGCGCCCAAAUGGAGGCGCUGUCCAGUCUGGAGCUGAUGAAGCAGAAGUUUGGGGAGGUGGAGAGGGCCUAUGAGCAGGAGAGAGACAAGGCCAAAGAUUCCCUGCAGCAGCUUGCCCAGCUUGAAAAGGAUUAUUUGUCGAAGAAGGCUGAGCUGGGUGAUGAGCUCAAGGGGAAGAACAAAGUGAUGGCUGAUUUGAUAGAGAAGAUACAGAGCUAUGAGAAACAGGAGGCGGCAUCUCGACUACAGCUGGAAAAGGCGCAGAUGCAUCACACCUUUCUAGAGGAGUCGUACGAGAGCUUCAGGCGGGAGCUAGAGCAGAUCUUGCACCGCUGUGCGGUGUCGGACCCGCGGGUUGCAGAAGAACCAGGGGAAGGGAAGCAUAGCCCAUCUGUCCUGAUGGACAGUCUGAAGAGGACACUGACCCAUUACCAGGACAACCUGGAGAGGACAGCCAGAGAGCUGCAGGAUCUUAAAAAGAUGUAUGAAAGUGCCACUCAAGAAUGCGACUUGUACGAAGAAAUGAACCGCACCCUCAAGAAAAAUAUCGAGGAAGCCCACAUCGGCCUGGCCCGCGCCAACGAGGAGUUGCUACAGCUGCGCUCGGGCCGGGCGGACAGCGAGGCGCAGGCGGGCCGGGCGCAGGCGGACCUGUGCGACGCGCAACGCCGCUGGGAGGCGGAGAGGGAACGCGCCGCCGAGGCUGAGAGGGAAAUCCACCGGCUUAGCCAGCUUUACCAGAAGGAUUCCCAGGAGAAGCUGACCUUUCUCCACGACCUGUACCAGCGCCUGGUAGCAGGCUGUGUGCUAAUAAAACAACCCCAGGGCCUGUUGGGCAGCUUCUCCUGGCCCGAGCUGUGCGCCGUCCUGCAGGAACACGCCGAUGCCUUGACCUCCGACCUCAGCCGAGCUAAUGAGAAGAUAUCCCAUCUGGAGUUUGUCUGUCAGAACAAGAGUGAGGCGGUGAGAGAGCUUCAGCAGACCCAGGAAACCACCUUCAGCAAGCUGGCAGAGCAAAUGAAAAAGAGGGAGGGGGACUGGCAGAUGCAGAGGAAGGACCUGGAGGAGCACUACUCCAGCCUGACCACGGAGGUCCAGGCCAGAGCCCAGAAGUGGCAGCGUACUGCAGAGGAGGCCCAGGAGAAAGUGGAGAGCCUGGAGAGGAUCAGGAAUCAGAUGGCAAUGGAUCUGGCCUGCCUUCAGAACCUCCUUCCCCAGACCAGACGAGAAGGGGCCGCUCUCCUGGCCGCCUGUGCCCUGCUGGCUGGAGCGCUGGGCCCGCUCUACUCGCAGCUGUGCGCCCUGACCGGCCAGAAGGCCCUGCUGCUGGAGCAGGUGGGCGCUGGCGAAGCCUUCGAGGGUGAGAUCCGGUCCCUGGUGGACGCUCUGACAGCGGAGAACAAGACCAGGGAGGAGCCCGCGGGCCAAGCGAAGCGGCCUAAAGGACGCGUACGGGCCUUCCGGAAAUGCGCCAUCGCCGUCAUGGCAGCCAACCGCCUCCGCAGACUGGGGCAGCGCUCCCAGGUCCUCUUCACCCUGGACCAGGGCUUGGGUGACCUUCCCGCUCUCUGUGUCUCUACAGCAGAAGCCAGAUCUUCAGAAUCUUGUAGCGGGCAGAGGAGAGCAGCGCAACAGAGCAGUAUGGCUCUCCAGUGGCUCCGCAGCAGAGACCUGCUAGCUCUGGUGCUCAGUUCUAUGGGGGAGCUUCAGGACGCGAUGUCUAAAGAAGAGGCAGGCACUCCGUCCUCUGGGCCCGGGGUGUUGGCUGCUGCUCGGAUGUGCUUUGCCAAGCUGAUGGAGCGGCUCAUGGUGGAGAUGGACAGCACUUCCAGGGUAUGGUGCCGGGAGAAGGGAGCCCUGACCAGGAGGCUGGGCCAAGGCCUUCACAAACUCAGCAGCAAGGCUCCUCAGAGCGACAUGCCUGCUACUUUAACAAGAAAGCGUGUGGUGGCGGAGCUGCAGCAGCGCAUCCUGGAGUUCACGCAGCGGCUGCACUCCGCCGAGGUGGAGCGCCGCAGCCUGCGGCUGGAGGUGGCCCAGUACAAGCGCAGCGUGAGGGAGGUGAAGAAGGAGGCCGACCGGGCGCUCGGGCUCAAGGAGCGCCAGCAAACGGCGGGAGUACCUGUGGAGCGCUUCGACAGCAUGUGUCAGGAGCUGAGCAGCGCCCUGGAGCGGGAGGAGCAGGCACAGGCUCUGCUGCACGAGCAGGCUCAGCAGCUGCACCAGCUGGGCCUCCGGCUGGAGCUGCACUCCGGGGAGGAGGCCGAGAAGGACCGCACCCUGGACGAGGCCGUCAAGAGUCUCUCGGAGGCGAAGAUGGAGCUAAAGAGGAAAGAUCAAUCCCUGCGUCAGCUCGGCCGGCAUCUCUCCCAGCUGCAGCAGGACAAGCGUCAGCUGGAGGAGAGCAUCCGCCAUGCAGAGAGCGCCCUCCGCAUGGCAGCCAAGAGCAAGGAUUCAUUGGCAGGGUACAUGAGGUCUGUUGAAGGCAUUCUCAAUGAUGUCAAAGAGCGCAUCUUGCUGUCACGGGCUGCUGCCACCAGGGAGGAUUUCACCCUCCAGUUACCCAGAGUGCACCUGGACAUGGCAGGUUCAGAGAGGCUGAUGGGUGGGCCUGAGGUGGCGGCGUGUCAGAGCUUCAUCUCCUCCUUCAUGGAUUUGUACCAAAUGGCCUGCUCCAGGAUGGCUCUGCUGGAGAAGGAGAUCUCUUCCCACCAGACCCGCAUCUCCGCCCUGAAGAGUGAGCUGCAGGAUGCCUGUCUGCGGGAGAACCAAUGCUUUGUCCCGGUGCCUGAACCCCCUCUGUCUGCAUCACCGCUGUCCCUACCUGAGCUACCACUGAGCUUCGCAACUCUGCAUGCAGAGGCAGAUAUCUCACUCAGUGAAACCCCAGGAAACUCUCGAUCCAAGCAGCCCGGCUCCUCCCUCUCGGGCUCCCUGAAGACCACCCGAAGACUCAAAAAGUCUUCAAAGAGCUCUUCUGGAGGUUCCAGCAGAUCAAAAUAA